AAUAAUAUUUUUUUCCUGGUUUUUCUCGCUCAAAAUUCUCUCAAUAUCUUCUCUCUCUCUCUCACUCAGACAAACAAAAAGCACUCCAAUGGCAAAACCAAAAGCUCCGAGACGAACCCUUGACUCUUACACAGUCAAACACAUCAACAAAACCGUCAAAGCCGGAGACUGCGUGCUGAUGCGGCCGUCGGAUCCGGCGAAGCCAUCGUACGUGGCGAAGAUCGAGCGGAUCGAAGCGGACGGUCGUGGAACCAACGUGAAGGUUCACGUGAGGUGGUAUUACCGGCCGGAGGAGUCGAUCGGUGGCCGGAGACAGUUCCAUGGAUCGAAGGAGGUGUUUCUAUCGGACCACUACGAUUUGCAGAGCGCCGACACGAUUGAAGGGAAGUGCACGGUGCAUAGCUUCAAGAGCUACACGAAGCUUGACGCCGUUGGAAACGACGACUUCUUCUGUCGUUUCGAGUACAAUUCUUCUACUGGUGCUUUCAAUCCUGACCGUGUCGCCGUGUAUUGCAAGUGUGAGAUGCCUUACAACCCUGAUGACCUAAUGGUUCAGUGUGAAGGCUGUAGUGAUUGGUUUCAUCCUGCUUGUAUCAACAUGUCUGCGGAGGAAGCAAAACGACUUGAUCAUUUCUACUGUGAAAAUUGUUCCUCUGAAGGUCAGAAGAAGUUGCAGAAUUCUCAUACCGCUUCGAGACAUUUGGAUACAAAGAUAGGCAUGGUAUGAAGGAUGCUUCGAUUCAAGGGUGGAAACAAAACGGCGCCGGAGGUGACAUUGUGUAUAAACAUAUGGUAGAAUUAUAAAGAAGGAACUGGAGCUUCUUUCUCUUGUAGUCAAUGUGUAGCUUCAAGCAAAUACGGAGGCUGUAUCUGCACCACAGUAUUUGCGGCUGAGAGGGUUCAAAAAAAAACCUGUGGUCAUCUUAUCAAAAAAAAAAAAAAAACUGUGGUCAUAUCUAUUUGGUUAGAGGAUGAUUCCCCCUUUUACUUAGAAGGUCGAGGAUAUGUUUGGUUGUCCUUAAUCAUGUAACAUAAUCUCUCUCUCUCUCUCUCUCUCUCUCAAGUUUCUUGUGCUUAGGAACGUGUAUAGUCAAGGGUAUUCACAACUUAAUUUAAGAGCAAUAGAUACGGGUUUUUUCAUGUAUCUACUGUGGCAUAUAUUGUCUUGGACCUUGGUGGUCAAACCUGCAAAUGUAUGAGAUGUUAAUUUAGAACCUCUGAUCAA